AUGGCACCGUAUGGGGCAUUAUAUGGCUGUAGGUGUUGUACUCCUACCUGUUGGACUGAGUUGGGCGAGCGGCGAGUUCUGGGGUUAGAGUUGGUUUCUUAUACCGAAGAGAAGGUCUCACCAUGGAAAAAGUUACUGAGGUUUGGGAGGAAGGGUAAGCUUAGCCCUAAGUUCAUUGGGCAUUACCGUAUACUGAAGUGUGUGGGAUCGGUCGCCUAUCAACUUGAGUUGCCUCUAGAAUUAGACUGGAUUCACGAUGUGUUCCACGUCUCCAUGCUGAGAUGUUAUCGCUCUAAUCCCACACAUAUAGUACCAGUCAAGGAGAUCAAGGUUAGGCCAGAUCUGACCUUCGAGGAGGACCCAGUGCAGAUAUUGGAUCGUGGGGUUAAAGUAGUGAAAAAGAAAUCUAUUCCACUAGUUAAAGUGCUUUGGCGUAAUCAUAGUUCAAAAGAAGCCAUAUGGGAACCUGAGGAGGCAAUGCGUCGGCAAUACCCUCAUCUUUUCUAA